CAGCUUUUGUCACGACUUGUCCCUUCUUUUUGAAUCGUAGUAUACAAGCCAACAUGCUGUGCCGGACUGUCGCGCCGACCAGGCCUGCGGGCGUUGCCCGCAGUGUCCGCUCCGUUCGCCCUUCUCCAAUUGCGCGUGUGCCUCCCAUGAAGGCCACCGCUUCCACUGCGGAGAAGAAGGCCGAGGCUGCCGAGGUUGAGGAGGAGUUCGACGGCCCUGAGGUCAACCCCAGCACCCAGGAGGUUGCUGCCUUCAUCAACACUCUGUGCAAUGACACCGAGAUCGCUGAGAUGCACCUGAAGAUGGGCAGCUUCGAGCUGAAGGUCAAGCGCAGCGUGUCCGGCGGUGCCCCCGUCUACGCGCACGCACCGGUUGCUGCCCCCGCGGCGCCUGCCCCCGCCGCGACUGUGUCCGUGGAUGUGCCUGCCCCCACCGUGGAGGACACCGUGGACGAGUCGCUGGUUUACGUGAACGCGCCCAAGGUCGGCGUGUUCCGCCGCGGCAAGUACGCGGGCGGCAAGCGCGUGGGCAAGGGCAACCUGAUCGAGGUGGGCGCGCAAGUGAAGAAGGGCCAGUGCAUCGGCUACGUGGAGCAGCUGGGCACGUUCGUGGAGGUCAAGUGCCCCAUUGCCGGCGAGCUGGUCAAGGUGCACGUGGAGGACGGCAAGCCAGUGGAGUACCAGCAGCUGGUGGCGGAGGUGGCGCCCUUCUUCGGCGGCCACAUCAUCGGCGACAGCAAGUACGCGUAAGCGCUCUCACUUUACCAAGCACAUAAGAGCAGUUUUGCGGAAGCCGCUGCUCAGCUGUCAGCUUUGGACAGGGGGCUUGACGGGGGCGCGGAGAGCCACACAGCUUUGUAACGUUGGAGUAGUAAGGCUUUGGUGUUGGAGGUGAUCGAGGUUGGUGUGCGGGGUGCGGGCGGGCGGGUAGCAUGGCCUGGCUUGGGGAGCACGGGACCCGCAGUUGCGCUGGUGGUGUGCUGCUGACUGGCGCUCGGGCCGAUUUUGUUAUUCAGGUUCUGAGCCGCUGGUGGCAGCGGGACCGCCCUGGGUACGUGUGUGCAUAUGGUUGGCCGUGAGGUGGGUGUGUGAUGCACUGGCUACGGCGGACUCGGGUCUGCAGGGAACCGCUCUUGUCGGGUUUGUACGUUUGCGCACACGCUGCAUUCGCAAGGGUCACGGCGGCUGUGGCACCCACCCUCGCGCUACGGGCAGAGGGCUUGGCUACAAAGAAGCAGCAGACUGGUUGCUUGGAAUGACAGGGACCCUGGCUUUCUCGGAUGCGGCAUUGCGAUGUGGUAUGUAUAACGUUGUAUGCGGGACUUGACGGCGGCGCGGAAUGGACGCGGGGACUGUGCCAGGGCCGCAGUCCUCCGCUUGGCAAGCCGCUUGGGUGUUGGCAAAGGCAGGCAAGAUGUGUACAAGUCGCGCUUUAAUGCGUGACAACUUUGAAAUGUAAAGUAGAAAGCAA